AUCCAAUCCAAUUCCAAUUCCCCAAUUGUCUGUUCUGUUUGUGUUGUGUUGUGGUAGUCUGUGUCUCUGUCUCUCUUGCUCUUCUUGUCUCCUUUCAGUCGUUUCGUUUAAAGUAUGGUUUAAGGUUAAGUAGUUGAACAAACUCAGCUAUAACGGUUGUUUAUUUAUUACAGUCUAGAACUAGAAGUAAAUUAAAAGUGCGUUUCUUCUCAAAUAUUUAGUGCAUUCGACUGAAAGGCUAUGCCGCCUUUGGAAGUUCUUCCGAAUCCUCCAGAGGAACCUGCCCCUCCAUCUUCUCAGCCUGUGGUGGGUAUUAUUUAUCCUCCACCUGAAGUAAGAAAUUCAAGUUUACACAGAGUAAAUAUGAAUCUACCAAAUAAACAAAGAGUUUUGAUCCGUAACAAUAAGAGAAUGUCAAAGAAGUGGAAUCCAUUUGAAGUACAUACAAAUCGUUCUAAACAUCACAUACUGGGUCGCAUGUUGAAACAUGAUCGAGGUUUACCAGGCAUUUCAAAAAGUAAAGCUUUGACGAAACGUAAGAGUACUUUACUUAAAGAAUACCAAAUCGGGUUGAAAAAUAAUAAGUUUAUCGAUCGAAGAAUAGGGGAGAGAAAUGAGAGAAUGACUGAUGAUGAUCGAAUCAUGGCUCGCUUUGCUGUUGUGAGAGAACGUUUGUUCAAGAAGAAAGCGGUGUUUAACUUAUCCGAUACUGAAGUAUUAACCCACAGAGGGCAAACACUGAAUGAAAUAGAACGCUUUGAGGAUGCAAGGAGUGAUGAUGAUGAAGACCAAGAAGGAAAUAACAAUAAUGGAACCCUCGAGGGAAAAUUUGUGGAAGGAGCACAUUUUGGGGGUGGAAUAUUUAGAAAAAUUAAUCAAGACAGAGAAUCAUUGAUCGACGAAUUGAUUAGAGAAUCAAGAAAGCGCAGAGUGGAAAGGCAACAGAGUAAAGAAGAUACUAUGAUCGCUACAGAAGAGUUAAAUAAAGAGUGGGACAGUCUUGGAAUGAUUGUGAAUCUUGCUAAAGAUAGUGAAAGUGUCAUCAAGACACAAAGAAAAGACAAAUAUGAUGUUGUGUUGCGGCAAUUAAAGCUUGAACCACACCAACAAGCUGUGCCAAACUGUAAAGCAGACAAAUCUUUCCAAAAUGAAGAAAAUACUCUGGAAAUUCCCCAGGAAGAAUCUUUUAAAAAUCCAAGUGAACUGAAUGAAUAUGUCCUUUAUAAGAGUGUAGAUGAUUUAGACGAUGGGCUUACCAACUGUACUGUUAACUUGAUUGAGGACAAUGGGAAUGCCAGUGAAAUAGAAUAUUCUUUAGAUAAUGACUGUGCAACAGAUGAUCUCACUGAGUUGAUGCAAUCGGUUGAUAAUGAUUUGACAAUCUCAACCAUUUGUGAAAAUAGCUCAUCUCAGUUGUUGGUAUCAGCGAGAAAUGUGGAAGAAAAAUAUUUCAUAAAUAAUGAAGAAGAAUUAGAAUUACCUCGUGAUUUGAAUUUCCCAGACAAUUUUGGUGCGUUGAGAGAUCUGCUUAAGGAUACAUCAGUUAAACAACAAAGUGGAAUUUUCAAAAGAUUGGUACAAAUGGGCGACAAGAAAAAAAUGUUAGCUCUAGCUUCAUUCAUCGUUGAACUUGUUUCUAAUGGAGGUAUCAGCUGGAAAUCUUUGCCAGUGUUGGCAUCACAGUUUAAUAUUCUGAGAGGGUUUAACAGUGAACAAUGCCUUAAAAUUGUAGUUGACAUGAUUGCAUCAAAACUGGAACAUGUUGAUGCUGACUCGCCCGAUUAUCUAAAGUUUUUAACAUGGUACAUACUUGUUUCGGUUGGAGCCCAAUGUCCAGAUGUUUUAGCACUUGUGAGCAAACCUGUAUUGAGUCUUGCUUGUAGAACAGUUACUCAGUCGUGUAAUAUCUCGUCAGGCCUUCUCUCCAGCUACUUGUUAUUACAGGAUGCUAAAAUGUCGUCAAAAUUAUAUCCAGAAGCAAUUUUAUUCUUGAGUUGCUGUGUGAAAAGGAUGGGCUCAAAAGAUAGAAAUAGUGACGUUGAGCGUAAUAUGAAAUUUGAAGUUGAAGAAGAAUGUAAAUUGAAGUUAAAAUUUGAUGGUGAAAAAGAUAAAAAAGACAGCUUGAAAGUAGAUGCAAAUGUGUUACAUUUAAGUGUGAUCUUACUAUCUGAGUUUGUUAAAGUUUACCAAAAAUACCCUGAAUCAAAAUUGAUGUUUGAACAAGUGCAAAACUCAGUGAACCAUUUGAUUGCCAACACAUUCUCACUGAAACUCACCAACAGCAUUUUUGAACUGCAAACGUUGUUGAAAUCAGUUAGUUCAGCGGGCCUUCCUUCCUUGGUGAAAAAUAAAAAAAUACCGAAAGCUUUACGUCAAUAUGAACCACAUUUCAAUUCUGUUACAAUCGGUAAAUCGUGGGGAGGAUUUUCAGCAGAGGAGCGGCAAGAUAAGAAACUGAUACAUCAGUACAGGAAGGAGUUAAAGGGUGCUGUGAGAGAAUUGCGUCGGGAUCGAGCUUUCUUGGCGAACGUCAAACUCAAAGAGGUGGCUUGUAGUGAUCAGGAAAGGGUGAGAAAAGUGAAGGAAAUUAUGAGCUCAGCUAGUGAACAGCAAGGGGAAUUAGGGCGUUUGAAACGGAAAAAAAUAUCUAAAUUUUGAACAUUAACUUAAGCAUAAAUUAAAGCUAAACAUGUUUGCGUUGUGUAGCCUAUGUUUGUGAUGUUUUUUCCAAUAAAGUGUUGA